AGGGAGGCCGGGGAGGCGGAGGCGGAGGAGGCAGCGGCAGCGCCAGGCGCCGGACCGGAGACCAAGCCGUGGGGGCUGGGCCGCGCAGGGCAGCCCGCGAGCCGCGCCGGGGAGGACCCGAGCCCCGCGCCCCGCGCCGGGGAGGAUCGGAGCCCCGCAGCCGCACUUCGGCCCGGCCUGCAGAUCUCGAGCCGGAGAGCCGAUCCCGAGUCCGGCUGUGCGCCCAGCCUCCGGCGAGGGCUGGCCCUUCUCCCUUCCGAAGGCUCCGUCCCCGGCAGGAGCAGGCCGGCCACCAUGACCGAGAACUCCACGGCCGCCCCCGCGGCGAAGCCCAAGCGGGCCAAGGCCUCCAAGAAGUCCACGGACCACCCCAAGUAUUCGGACAUGAUCGUGGCUGCCAUCCAGGCGGAGAAGAACCGCGCCGGCUCCUCGCGCCAGUCCAUCCAAAAGUACAUCAAGAGCCACUACAAGGUGGGUGAGAACGCCGACUCCCAGAUCAAGUUGUCCAUCCGGCGCCUGGUGACCACCGGCGUCCUCAAGCAAACCAAAGGGGUGGGUGCCUCGGGGUCCUUCAGGCUGGCCAAGGGCGAUGAGCCCAAGAGGUCGGUGGCUUUCAAGAAGGCCAAGAAGGAAGUCAAGAAAGUGGCCGCUCCAAAGAAGGCAGCCAAGCCCAAGAAGGCAGCCGCCAAAGCCCCCAGCAAGAAGCCCAAAGCCACCCCUGUCAAGAAGGCCAAGAAGAAGCCGGCUGCCACGCCCAAGAAAGCCAAAAAGCCCAAGGUGGUCAAAGCCAAGCCAGUCAAGACAUCCAAACCCAAGAAGGCCAAACCCGUGAAGCCCAAAGCCAAGUCCAGCGCCAAGAGGGCCAGCAAGAAGAAGUGACGGGCGAAGAAGACUCUGCUUGUGGACACUCCUCCCUCCCUCCUGUGUUCUGUAAAUACCUUUCUCUCUUGGUCUCACCUGCAACCCCUUGCCCGUCCUAAUCUGACUUUUUACAAGAAGGCCAGAGUUGGGAUUCCUCGGACAGACCUCGUGGAAUGAUUCCCUUUUCCUUAGCCCACUGUGCGAGGACAGGCAGAGACCUCAUCUUUGUCCUGAAGAUGUACUCGUUUCUUGAUUUGAUAUUCUGAACCUUCUUACGGGGUUAGGGAUGUGGGGGGGGGGGCGGUGUGUUUCCUUGGGUGGUUUGUUUACUGUGAAGGCAAAUGGACCUGGCGACGUUCUGGCUAGAGGAGGGGACCCAGGAACUAAAAUUUGUCUUUUUAAGGCUUUCUUAAGUUGCUGGUCCACCCCUUGUGAGAGCUUCAAAACCUUUGGUGGGGAGCAGAGGGUGACAGCCGGCCUAGCUGGCCAGGGAGUGAGGAAGAGCUCCCUGUGCGUGGUGAGCAGUUGGGGACCUGGGAUUCCUCUUCAUCUCUGCCCGAUGCCUCCCCAUUGUCUGGAAGGGGAAAGGGGUCCAGCUUCUCACCGUCAGGAUCUAGCCAUUGGGGAAGGAGGGGUCCUUUCUGCAGUCUCUUGUUAAAUGGGAGUGGACUUGGGGGAGGGCCGGGGAGUCAGCCAAGUGCCUCAGUGUGCCUAUGGAAACUUGGGUUUUUUCCACACGAUGGAUGGAGUGUGUCCUAGGAGGACUUUGUUCCCCCCCCCUGCGCCCCCCUUUCUUUUCCUUCCUGUAUAAGAUGUCGCUUUGCUUGGUGCCGCUUCAGUUCUACCAGCUGCCACUUAAAACCCCUCCAACCUCUUUUACUUCUUGAAUCUUUUCUAAGUAGCCGAGGAGGGGGAAAGGCAGGGAGUGGACUGUAAGACAUAGUACAAUUGAUUUGAAUUUGCUAGGUAGCUUUAGAGAGCCAGGAUUGUGUGCAUGUGUGUAUAUGUAUAUAUCCGUAUCUAAGACUAGUGUUAGUCUCACUUCGGGAGCUGGGAGAAAAAAACCUGUACAGUUUGUCUUUCUCUUAUUUUAAUAAAAUAGGAAACUCGCGCACUCGCGCCCCUCCCCCUUUUUAAACAAGUGUUAUCCGUGCCGGGAAAAAUUUGCUGUGGUUGUAAUUUUAA